AUGACUUUGAUAACCUACACCACCCUAAAAAAAUCAUAUCUCUACAACUUCUUCCCAGCAAAGGAGGAGGAGGGAAUGGUCGGGACCCACCUCCCCCGCACGCUGGUGGAGAUAAGAGACGUGCACCGCCCGCCGUCGCCAGAGGCCGGCCGGUGGGGGAUCAAGAAAAGCAUAAGCCAGCACGAGGUGGCCUCCGGCAAGGUGGUGGUGUCGUUCGGGGACACGUUCGAGCACGUGCUCCGACACUGGAACUUGGUGAUGGCGGCCAACAUCGCGGUGUGGGGCCGCAAGGUGGCAGUGGUGGUGUGGGACGUGACAGACGAGAAAAAUCCUAUGAGGUACGAGGGAGGACACAUCCACUUCCACAUGACACCGAGCGGGAGUUGUCUGCUGACUUGUGGAGAGGUGCUUAGGGCGCGCGGGGUCAAGGCCGAGGACGUCAUCGGCCUAUGUUGGGACUCCAAGGACUCGUGUUUUCAUAUCAAGCUUUUUCCUUCCAAUGUUUCUUGA